AUGGCUGCGGUCGGCACCCUGCGGCCCGCGGGCCGCAUGCGGCUCGCGAAACUGUCACUUGCAGCCCGAGAGGCGCCUUGGCUAUUUGUUUCUAAUAACAAAAAUCUUUCUUUCCAGUGGACAUUACGCUACCCACCGCGGAAGUCCCACGUGCGACGCCAGCGCACCAUCCCGGCCAGCACACCGUUCUUCUGCCAAGAGUCUCUGGCUUUUGGCAAGAGUAGGCAGCCUCCGACGUCGGUGCACCGGCUACGGCCCGGCGACAUCGAUGUGGUGGCUGCUUUAGGUGACUCGCUGGUGGCCGGGAGCGGUGCCUUGGAGGAGUUCGCCCUCGGAGCCUUUGUGGAGUACAGAGGGGUUUCGUGGUGUGCAGGAGGCGAAGGCACCUGGCGCGAGUACCUAACCGUGCCGAACAUCCUCAAAUUGUACAACCCGGGACUACGCGGCUACUCGACCGGCACGGGCGAGUGGCUCGCACGUAACGCUCGCAUGAACGUUGCCUUCCCCGUGGCGUCAGACCAGGACGCACUCAAACAGGCCAAGAUCCUGGUGGCUCGCAUGUUCGCAGCCCCCGACAUUGACGUCGCUCAACAUUGGAAGCUAGUCACCAUAUUCCUGGGUGCCAACGACCUCUGUUCCGCCUCCUGCUUGUCACCCAUCGAGUGGUCACCACUGGCACAUGCCAAGAAGUUGGCACGGGCGUUGGACUACCUCCACGCGAAUCUGCCGAGAACUAUAGUCAACUUAGUACCUGUUUUAGACGUAUCCGUGUCCGUGCGUGUGCGCCGGCCCGCCAUGUGCAGGCUGAUGCACCCGCUGUUCUGCACGUGCUUCCACCGCGGCGGCGGCGAGCUGCGCGCGCUGGUCGCCAUGACCCGGCUGUACCAGAGGGCGGAGGCUAUGCUGGUGGAAAGCGGCCGUUACGACACUCGCCCCGACUUCACAGUGGUGAUACAACCCUUCAUGCGUCUGUUCAACGCGCCCUGGCCGCCCUCCGCUAAUCUACCACUAGUCAUCCACCAGUCCUACAUCACACACGACUGCUUCCACUUCUCGCAGAAGGGACACGCUCUAGCGGCUAACCUCCUGUGGAACAACCUGCUAGAGCCAGUCGGUAACAAGACCGAUGACGCUGAACCUGUGUUACUCCGCUCAUUCCGCUGUCCCACUAGAGAAGCUCCCUUCAUCUUCACACACAACAACUCUAGGACAUACCUCGAAACUGGACGCCAAGAGGGAUACGACGACUUAUGACAAAGGGACGAAGUCUUUAACUCAAACAUACUCUAUGACCAAAAAGUGUGACGAAAUGAGAAUCAAACUAUAGUUUGUCAAAGAACUGUCUCAUUUCAAUCAUAGAUAGAGAAUCAUACUAUUUUUGUCUUACACUAGUACUAUCACCCAAAAGAAAAGGAUGAGUAUAGUUUUCCUGGUUCUUACUGACUGACAAAUUGGUUUGACCAACUACUUAUAAGUCAGAGAUUCCCUGGGGCGGGACACUAGAGAGGGGCGCCGUGAGGCAAUCCUCCGGCUCCUCACCACGUUAACUAUCUAUUUCGAAUAACCUCUAGCUCUAACUAGAUUAGGGCGCCACCACUGAAAUUUUAAACUUGCGAGUGAGUCGCUUAACUUCAAACUCGGGUAAAUCCAUCUGUCAGAUUAUGCGAUUUUGGUAUUAAGAAAAGGUAAUAGGGUAGAUAUUUGCUGAGAGGGUCCAAUGGAUUUACCAUAGUUUGAAGUUAAGCGAAUUGCGAAAGUGCGCCGUGGACUGUGACCGCGGACUGGGACCGCGGCCGUGUUUCAUGCCACUGCGCCGCACCUGCGAGUAAAACGGACAGACAAGUGCACAAGCCAAUCAUCCGUUUUUUUCAUGCCAUAUCGGACCAUGAAAACUCGGACUGCCGGACAGUAAAAUUCAUUGUAGUGCACAAUCGCCCGAAGGGUUCCAUACCAUUACGCAAAAAACGGUAAAAAUCAUGUAUGUUGGAGCCCCACUUAAAUAUUUAUUUAUUUUGCUUUUAGUAGGUAUUUGUUGUCAUAGCGGCAACAGAAAUACAUCAUCUGUGAAAAUUUCAACUGUCUAGCUAUCACGGUUCAUGAGUCAAUGAACCUGGGAACCUGGUGAGUGGUGGUGGCGGUGAGUGAAUGAGCCUGGUGAGUGGUGACAGACAGACGGACGGACAGACG